UUGGACUGCAAGUUUCAAAGGAUUUGAUAUCUGGAACAUUUUCAUCGAAGGGACUUAAAAUAAUAGGAACUAAUUUAGAUACUAAAAUAUGCGAAGAUUAAUAUUUUUGUUUGGUGUGUUGUUGACAGCGAAUGCUCAAGUGAGCAUGAAUGCAAUUAAAGAAGGAGGAUGCUCCAAUAAAUGCUGCAGUGGUGGCAAAUGUGAUGCAGAUUUUUUUGCUCAGUACAGUCCUUGCUCUUACGGAUGUUCAGUGAAUGGAAUCUAUCAGUAUUACAAUGAAAAGGAUUUCACUAAGUGUGGAACCAAUAAAAUUUGCUACAGUGGCCAAUGCCGUGAUAUCGGUUACACCAGUAUCUGUCAGAAAAUAUAUGGAAAAGAUUUUAUUGGAUUAGAGGAUCCGUUUAACACUUGCCAGUUCCAAUGUAUUGGAACAUUUCAAGGUUGUGGAAAAAUAUUUGUGGAAGAUGUGCCAACGAAUGCUCUUUGUGUUGUUGGUUUUUCCAGUAAUUUGGGAUUAUGCCAAAAAGGAGUUUGUGUUUCACCAAAUCCUGUUUCACCUCGAUAUCCUGUGGCAUUUGCAGGUGGAUUAAGUAACACUAUUGGAACACCAGCUGAUUCUGCAACCCCAAGAGGUUAUGUUUCACUACCAGAAAGGGUUGUAAGAGGAAAUAAUAUUGAUAAUAAUCCAAGUGUAGGAUCUCAGAAAGUUGCUUGUUGUGGUAAUAAUCAGAUAGGAAAUGAUAACGAAUCAUCUGAUAAUAGUUCUGAUGAGGACAGUAGUAGUUUGGAAGAAGACAGUGGUGAUUCGAAUGAAGACAGCAGUGAUUCAUUGGGUAUUUCUGCUGAAGACAGCAGUGAUUCAUUGGGUAUUUCUGCUGAAGACAGUAGUGAAUCGGAAGAAAAUAGUAGUGGUUCGAGUGAAGGUAGUAGUGAUUCGAGUGAAGAUAGUAGUGAUUCGAAUGAAGAUAGUAGUGAUUCGAAUGAAGAUAGUAGUGAUUCGAAUGAAGAUUGUUGUGUAUCGGAAGAAGACAACGGUGGCUCAGACGAAGACUGUUGCGCAUCGGAUGAAGAAAACAGUGACUCCGACGAAGAUUGCUGCAAUUCAGAUGAAGAUGGCAGUGAUUCGGAUGAAGAUAGCAGUGAUUCUGAUGAAGACAGCAGUGACUCGGAUGAAGACAGCAGUGACUCGGAUGAAAGCAGCAGUGAGUCGGAUGAGGAUAGCAGUGAUUCAGAUGAAGAAAGCAGUAGUUCUGAGGAAGAUAAUAGUGAUUCGGAUGAAGAUAACAGUGAUUCCUUAGGCGAAUUGAAUGACGAUAGCUCUAGUGGUAAGAGCAACGGUGGUUCGGGUGGAUCAAGCGGUUCAAGUUCUAGAAGCUCUAGUAGCUCAAGAUCUAGAAGUUCUAGUAGCUCAAGAUCUGGAAAUUCUAGUAGCUCAAGAUCUGGAAAUUCUAGUAGUUCAAGAUCUGGAAGCGCUAGUAGCUCAAGAUUUGGAAGCUCUAGUAGCUCAAGAUCUGGAAGUUCUAGUAGCUCAAGAUCUGAAAGCUCUAGCAAUUUAUUAUCAGAAAUUUUAAGUGGCUUAAGUACCUCGAAGUCUGGAACCUCUAGCAAUAUGCUGUCUGAAAUAACUAGUGCUUUAGGUGCUGAUAGAUCUGGAGAAACGUCAAAUGGAGGAGUGCUGAAUAACCUAUCAUCAGGAAAUGGUGGUUUAUUAAGUGUCUUAGAAAAACUAUUGUACAAUUUGAUAGAAAGCCGAAGUAGUUCAUCUUCAAGUGCGUCAAGUUCUUCAUCUAGUUCAGCUACAAGUUCAUCAUCCGUACUUGAUAAAGUAGGAAAGGCAGUAAAUUCUGUUCUGAGCGAUACCACAGGAAAAGCAAGCUCGACAAGUAGUUCAUCCUCCAAAUCUGUAACAAGUGCAACAAAACGUGCAUCAUCCGCUGCAAGUUCUGCGACAAAUUCUGCCUCAAGUUCAUCUCAAAGUGUGCUGCAGAAAGCAGGAAGUUCAGGAAGUUCAGCUGUAGGUGGGGUUGGUGGCGCUGUUAACUCGCUAUAAUUUAGAAACAAUGUCAUUAAUGUUUGUUAUAACAAAAAAUAUAAUUGUUGUUGAAAUUA